AUGGAUGGUUUUGGAUUUUCGGAGGCAUUUCAGAGGGCGAACGUUAUCGUCAAUCUUCCAGCCAAACAGCAAAAGGAGGUUCUUGACCUACUCUUCGAUCCGCAAACGGGGGCGGGAAUGACGAUAUUGCGCAUCGGUAUUGGUUCAUCCCCAGAUUCAAGCAGCGACCACAUGAAUUCUAUUGCACCCAAGAGCCCCGGGUCUCCUAGUGCCGCUCCAAAUUAUAUUUGGGAUGGGAAAGACAGUGGCCAGUUGUUCGUCGCCAAGCAAGCAUAUACCUAUGGUGUCAGGACAUUUUAUGCCAACGCAUGGAGCGCACCGGGAUAUAUGAAGACGAACAACAACGAGAAUAACGGUGGGUAUCUAUGUGGAGUCAGUGGGCAUGGCUGCUCCAGCGGCGAUUGGAAACAAGCCUAUGCAAAUUACCUCGUCCAAUAUGUAAAUGCAAGUUAUGCCAGCAUGCUCUCAUCCGGAACACAAGCAGCAGAUUUCAUCAAAGUUCUUUCCCCGACUAUCAAGGCGGCCAAUCUCUCAACCGGUAUCAACUGCUGCGACUCUGAGGGUUGGUCCAACCAGGCCAGCAUGACUUCCCAGAUCAGAUCGGCGGGUGCCGAGUCUCUCCUCUCAGUCAUCACUUCUCACCCGUAUACCAGCUCCCCUGGAAACCCUCUCAGCACGACCCGGCGGGUUUGGCAGACUGAGAACGCGGAUUUAAAUGGGGCAUGGCAGACAGCAUUUUACAGCUCUGGUGGAGCGGGAGAAGGUAUGCGCUGGGCCUCGCUGAUCCAUACUGCGGUGGUGAAUGCAAAUUGUAGCGCCUAUCUGUAUUGGAUUGGCCUCCAAACCGGCAACACAAACUCCAAGCUUAUAUCGGUUUCUGGCACCACCUAUAGUGUUUCCAAGCGGCUAUGGGCAUUUGGGCAGUUUGCCAGGAGUGCAAAACCAGGGUCCGUCAGAGUAGGAACCUCAGGAGGCGGGAACGGCUUGCAAAUGAGUGCAUAUCUGAAUACGGAUGGAACUCUAGCUAUGGUGGUCAUUAAUACAGGUGCAAGCGCAGCGAGCUUGAGUAUUAGCACUAACGGAGAUUUUGCGGCGACGAAGGUCACUGCAUGGCUCACAGAUAAUACACAUGACAUGAGUACAACUACGGCGAGCAUUUCGAGCGCUGGGGUGGUGACAGGGAGUGUUCCUGGGAGGGCGAUGGUGAGUUUUGUGCUGGAGAAAUAA